CGCCGGCCGGCAUCGCCGCGGCGGGCAGCGCGGCGGAGGGUGCUGCCAGCGCCGGCAGGGAGCGGCGGAGCCGCGCCGCGGGGUGCGCGAAGAUGCUGUCCUACAGCGUGCUGGACGCCAACGUGGUGGACGUGGAGAAGCGGAGGAACCCCUCGAAGCACUACGUCUAUAUCAUCAACGUAACAUGGUCUGACCUGACUUCCCAGAUCAUCUAUCGGAGAUACAGCAAGUUCUUUGACCUGCAGAUGCAGCUUCUGGACAAGUUCCCUAUUGAAGGAGGCCAGAAAGAUCCCAAGCAAAGGAUCAUCCCUUUCCUACCAGGCAAGAUCCUGUUCCGGAGGAGCCAUGUCCGAGAUGUAGCUGUGAAGAGGCUGAAGCCCAUCGAUGAGUACUGCAGGGCACUGGUCCGUCUUCCUCCUCACAUUUCACAGUGUGAUGAAGUCUUCAGGUUCUUCGAGGCUCGACCAGAAGACCUUAACCCUCCAAAAGAGGACUAUGGAUCUUCAAAGAGGAAAUCAGUUUGGAUGUCCAGUUUGACUGAGACUCCAAAAAAGAGUGUCACUCCAGGUGCUGAUGCUAGCUCUGAACCCAUGAUCCUGGAGCAAUAUGUGGUGGUGUCCAACUAUGAGAAACAGGAGAACUCUGAGAUCAGCCUCCAGGCUGGAGAGGUCGUGGAUGUCAUAGAGAAAAACGAAAGCGGUUGGUGGUUUGUGAGCACAGCAGAGGAGCAGGGCUGGGUCCCUGCUACAUACCUGGAAUCCCAAAAUGGAACCAGAGAUGACUCUGACAUCAACACAUCCAAACUUGGGGAAGUUUCUAAGCGACGCAAGGCUCACCUGAGGCGCCUGGACCGGCGAUGGACGCUGGGAGGGAUAGUCAACAGGCAGCAGAGUCGAGAAGAGAAAUAUGUCACUAUCCAGCCGUACGCCAGCCAGGGGAAGGAUGAGAUUGGGUUCGAGAAAGGGGUCACCGUGGAGGUCAUCCAAAAGAACCUGGAAGGAUGGUGGUACAUAAGGUAUCUAGGCAAAGAAGGCUGGGCCCCAGCUUCGUAUCUGAAGAAGGCUAAAGAUGAUCUUCCAUCUAGGAAAAAGAACUUAACUGGGCCAGUGGAAAUCAUAGGAAACAUCAUGGAGAUCAGUAACCUGCUGAACAAGAAAGCAUCCACCGAUAAGGAAACUCAAGCAGAAAAUGAGACUGCAGAAACUCAUAUCACCAAGAAGGAAAUCAGCUUGCCCAUCCUGUGCAAUGACUCUAAUGGCAAUGCCAUGAUGACCCCAGACAAGCAGAUUUCCAAACUGGCCCAGGGAUCCCCAGCCAUAGCAAGGAUAGCACCACAAAGAGCUCAAAUAAGUUCUCCAAAUCUACGAACAAGGCCACCACCACGAAGAGAAUCCAGUCUGGGUUUUCAGUUGCCCAAACCACCAGAGCCACCCUCUGUGGAAGUGGAAUACUACACCAUUGCGGAGUUCCAGUCGUGUAUUUCUGAUGGCAUAAGCUUUCGUGGAGGACAAAAAGCAGAGGUUAUAGAAAAGAAUUCUGGAGGCUGGUGGUACGUGCAGAUUGGAGAGAAGGAGGGAUGGGCUCCAGCAUCUUACAUUGACAAAAGGAAGAAGCCAAAUUUAAACAGAAGAACCAGUACUUUAACCCGCCCAAAAGUUCCUCCCCCAGCACCUCCCAGUAAACCAAAAGACCCUGAAGAAGGAACAGCUCCUGGAACAGUUUCUUCAGGAGAUACCCAGGACUCUCCCCACAAGCUGAAAUACGAAGAACCUGAGUAUGAUGUGCCUGCCUUUGGCUUUGACUCGGAGUGUGAAGGGAGUGAAAGUCAUCGUGAAGAGGGCAGUCUUGAAAAACGACUGUUUCAGCCCCUCAAGCCCUCUCCUAUGUCAUCACUUCAGAAAGCAAAGUUCAAAGUAGGAGAGUCUUCAGAAGAAGUUGCUCACGAAGAAGAGACCAUCUAUGAGAAUGAGGGAUUCAGACGUUAUGUGGAAGAUGCUUCAUCCAAUAAGGAAUCUAGUGGAGACUCCGAUUCUCAGAAAAGCUCCUCUCUCUCCCUGAUCCAAAGGAAUUCUCCAUCUUCCAGCUCUCCUAAGUCAUCACUUAUGAAGCUCAAGAUGGACAAAAACAUUCAGCCUGAUGUUGGAAAAUGCCAUUAUUCCAGGAGUGAGGAAACAAAACCAAGGUCAGCUUCAGAUGUUGGUUUACGUAGUGUGCCAAGGACAGGCAUGAAGAAAGAGCCUGGUCAAAGUCCUUCCAUUAGAGCAAAGCCAAUUGUUAGGCCCAAACCCUUCCUGAACAAGGCAGACUCUCAGAGCCAAGAAAAGAUGGAUAUCAGCACUUUAAGGCGACAGCUGAGGCCAACUGGGCAACUCAGAGGUGGACUUAAAGGUUCAAGAAGUGAAGAGUCUGAGAGCCCCCCACAUACAGCUUCUGAGAACCAAGAGGAUCCUGUUAGGAGGAGCUCAGCUGAUAUCAUUACAGCUCCUUCCCGUGGCAUUUUCUGCUCUAGCCAUACAGCCAAAACUGAGCAAGAAAAUGACUCCAGAUGUUUCUAUGUGACCACUGACUCAUACCAAAAGGUACAGGAUUCUGAAAUUUGCUUCCCAGCAGGAGUAGAAGUGGAAGUGCUGGAAAAGCAAGCCAGUGGAUGGUGGUACCUGAAAUACGGAGACAUGGAAGGCUGGGCUCCUUCCCAUUAUUUGGCUCUCCCUGAUAACCAGCGGGAAACUACAUCAGCAGAGACUGAUGCCUCAAUUGCCAGGAACAGGAAAAAUGAAAACAAGUCGAACAGUUUAGAGAAGAUAGAGAAAAGGGUUCAGGCUUUGAACACCAUCAACCAGAGCAAACGUUCAACACCACCCAUCCCAAGCAAACCUCCUGGUGGUUUUUCAAAGCCAUCAGGGCCAGUGAAAAUGAGGAAUGGUGUGAGGCAACUUGCCGUCCGGCCGCAGUCAGUGUUUGUGUCUCCACCACCAAAGGAUAACAACUUGUCAUGCUCCUUGCGCAGAAAUGAAUCUUUAACAACUACUGAUCAUCUUAGGAGCGUCCGUCGGAAUUCCUCCUUUAGCAAUGCGUGGUCACAGCCUGGUGAUGCGAAGGGGAAGCAGCCUGAGCGGUCGGGUACAGAGAACUCAGAGAACACCUCCAAUCUCUCUACCCAGAGGAAUGGGAUUCCUGUGUCCACAGUCAGGCCAAAGCCCAUUGAGAAAUCCCAGUUUAUCCACAACAAUCUCAAGGACAUCUAUGUUUCCAUUGCAGACUAUGAGGGGGAUGAGGAGACUGCAGGGUUUCAAGAAGGUGUCUGCAUGGAGGUCCUCGAAAGGAACCCAAAUGGCUGGUGGUAUUGCCAGAUUAUGAAUGGAGUGAAGCCAUUCAAAGGCUGGGUGCCCUCAAAUUACUUGGAGAAAAAGAACUAAUAUUGCAAUAUCUUUAACCUCCCUAAUUUAUACUGUUCCUGCUGUGUACAUGUGGAAAAAAAAACAACAAACAAACAAUUGCUACGCAAAAAGACGUUUCCCUGUGCUCCAGUUUGUACAAAGGGACAAAGGAGUCUAUGCUGAGGACAAACCUGCUGUGUUCUGGAGAGGUUUGUGGGGCUAAUAUGUUGUAAACAGCUAUUAGGAAGACGCAGCAUAGUCAAAUGCCUUUUUGUGAAGUUGUUAAUAAUCUUGUAUGUGUAACAGGGUAUGAUAUCCCAUCUUUCCCAUUAUUGAUAGGAAACCAAAUGUGUGCCUUUUGUGAGAAAUACACAUGCAUCUACUUGGGGAGUUUUGUGCCAAACUCUUGUUUUACAGUCUUGGCUCCUUUUCUCCUCAUUCGUGUCCGUACAUGGAAUACCCAAGAGUUCUGGAUGCAUUUCCACAACUUACAGUGAGAAGGGAAUGGAAGUUACUGAAACACAGAGGGACUCUAAUCCUUUGGAGCUGUUCACUUCUUUUUUCACUAUUCUCAACAGUUGGUUGGUCCAGAGUUGGAGCCUUUUCACCGUGGAGAGAUUUGGUCUCUUGACUUCAGCUGUGUUUUGUUGUUACUGCUAACUCACCGGAAAAGGCAAUCAGGUGGUGUUGGUUGGGGGCUUUUUGUUUCCUUUUGUUCUGUCUUGUACUUUGAGUUGGGAUUUCAGGUGUUCUAGGGCAGCAAUGCCUACUGGUGCUUGUAAAACAAACCUACAAACCCCAUGCUUAAGCACGUUGAUUACUUUGUAGACUCCAUAUUUAGUUCUGUUCCUGACUCCUGCCAGGUGAUCCUGGUUGAUUAUCUUCUCAGAGUUGGGUUUCUCAAAACUUGACGUAAUAUGAAAAUGUUCAAAAGUCCCUUAAGACACUAAAGACAAAGCUAUCAAACGUGUUACUUCUUGUUUUUGUGAUCUGGUCCGAAUUCAAGUGUGCUGACUGCUGGCAGGGCCCACCAAGGUGUUAGUUAGAAAUAGCCGUGACCUUCUGCAACAUCAGUGUUUACAAUAGGGGGUGGGGGGGAAAAGCCAUCAAACUCAGUCUGCACAUACUUAAUUUGUGUAUUUUUUUGGAAUUGUUUUUUCUGUGUUUUGUUUUUGUCUUUUCUGUGCGUUCUUGGUUUACUUUUUUUUUUAGUCUUCUUUUACCAAGAGAGACUUAAAACUGAAGGAGGAGCCAAAUAUGCGUUUCUGUUCCCACUUGAAUCCAAAAUGUACAUUUGUACUGGAAAGUGUACCUGGGCUUCUCAGGCUCAGAGGUUUAAUAUCAAAGGAAUUAGGCCUACAAUGCAUCUAACCAGGAAGCUGCCUCUUCUAAUUCCAUUUCUAAUUGCCUUUAUUGAUGCAUGCUUUGAAAUGUGGCACAUGGUAGGGAUAGUGUGGUGGGAAAUGGAUGCGGCAUCCAUUGAAAAAGGCUUUGAAUAUAUUUUAUUUAUGAGGUAGCCAAGUCUUUUGCCUACAUCCCUACUGUACUUGUGGAAGACAUGGGUUUUUUUGGGGGGCAGGGGUGUUAAAUGGCUUUGUUAAUCACUCAAGAUCAGUGUCCAAUUCCUUUACAUAAUAAGCAGCAUUGCAGAUCUGUUUUUAGGGGGAGGGGCAGACUAUUUCACUACUGGUUUACACUAAAUUAUACAUGCCAUUUUUUCCAACAGAAUUUCGAACUGAUUUGGCUUAGAAGCUAAAGGAUAUAAAGACUUAAAAAUAGCUGGGAUCAAGGGGCUGAGUGAAAUAGCACAAGAAUAUCGUGUGUUUCUGCCAAAAAAAUACUACGCAAUUUAUACGUUGUUCUUGUCUUUAUUGUUGGGGGGGGGGUUGUGGUUUGGAGUUGUUAUUAAUUUCCCUAGUAACACUGAGAGAGUUGCCUACAGCUAACCUACACCUAACGUGACCGGUGUCCUGGUAGCUGAAACAACAUCCAGGUGCCACUACUGGCUAUGAACAGUGCUGUGGUUCGAGCAGCUCUUUGCAUCCAAGUGGGGAGGGAAGCUGUUCAGUUGGGAUCCCGUUAUGUUGUGGUGACAGGAGAAGGAGGUGUAUCUGCACAAUAGCUCCUAUCACAGUGUGCAGGGUCCUCUUUGUACCUUAAUGUCUUGCCAUAUAACAUAUGUAUAUAUCCAGUUAGCUACAUCGUACUGGAUGUGUAUCUGAGGCAUUGUGGCCCUGUCUCCCAUACUUCUCCCCAUUUUUAAUUGUACUAAUAUGGUAGCAGCCAUAAAAGACUGCUGGAGCUGUUGUGAGAUUAUAAUAGAAGUAUUAUAUUCUUCUGCUGGACAGUAUUAAAUAGAGCAAUACAUAGAGUUAUCUGCUAGAUUGCAGUACUAAUAGUAGUGACUUAGUGACUCGUAUUAAUGUUGUUGUGAUUUAUUUUAACAAUAAUGAUGAGGAAGUGGUUCAUUAUUUUGAAUUAAUGCACUUUAACAAUAAAAGAAAACAAAAUGGAAGCCAAUGCAGAGAAAUAAGUGCAUUAUUUAAAGGUGCAGUAUAUAAUUAUCAUUUUCUUAAAGCACAUAUUUAUUAAGAAUUAACUUAUUAUUUAAAAUAUUCUAAAGUUUUGUUUAAAGACAUUCCCUCUAGGUCAUCUCUUUGGGGGGAUGUAAAAGCACAGCUCCCAGAUCUUCUGCAUUGAGCCACUGAAUUCUCUGAAUAUGGUGUGGUGUGACAUGAGCCCCUACCUAGGGAGAGGAAAGCAGCACACAAAUGGGAGAGCCCUGACUACCGCAGGUGUUCUCACCUGCAUCCAGCAAAGUUGAGCACAGAGUAGCUCCCAGCUGCAAAAGUGCUUACAGGGUUCGGAGUGGCAGAGCUGGUUUUGGCAGACAGUUGUGGUGCCAUGUCCUUGCAUGAGGCUGGUCCCUGGCGGACACAGGCUCAGGCAGAUCCUCACACUAACCUGUGAAAUGCAGGCCACCUCUGUAACAGUUAUCAAUCUGUCCCACAGCUCCCUUUCCACCUUACUGGCUUGCGUCUCCAGCUCUGGCUUUUGCAAGGAGAUGGUUUGCUGAGCUUCAUCAGUGCAGGGGAUGACACCUGGUGAGGGUGCCUGCAGAGCAGCCAGGGUUUUCUCAAGCAGCAGCCCAGUGUCCUAUGGCUCAGUUGCUCCUUUUUCACAUCCCAAAGGUCUCAUGUCUCCCUGAGGAGAGGCCAGGACCUGUAGAUGGGCUGCAAAGCCACACUUGCUUCUUCCCUCUGCCUCAGAUAGGGCAUAACCAACCUACUUGAUGCUAGAAAUGAAUGUGGGCCACCACGGCCUGAUGGGAAGGCUUUAGUUUGGGCUUCCCUUUAUUUGGUGGCUGUUUUGACUGCUUGUGUUUGAAAGGUCACUUUUAAAGAAAAUACCCCCCCCCCCCAAUGCAGUUUUUCCCCCUCCCAUUUUACCAUUGUCAUAACAUCUCUCACCAAUCUCUUUUUUUAUUCUUCCAACUGAGAGGAAAAGAAUUACUUUUUCCACCAGCGAGCAGCUAGUUUUGGUCAGCUCCACUGAUACCUGAAAUAGCAAGCCCUUUCCACUAUUAGCUGUGAAACAGAGUGAAAGGCCUUAAGCUAAAUCAGAGAAGCUGACUGCAGGGCAGGAAAACCUGGCAGGGUGCCUCAAAGGACAGUGUAGUGCUAGAAGUGUUUUAGUUCUUUUCUAAAAUGUUAAUGUCGCCUUAAGCUUUUAGUUUUACUAAAUUUGUCGGAACUGACACUGGAUCAAGAGCAGUAUUUAAAUGUAACGUACACCUCAGUGAACACUCAAUGCAGAAAUCAACAGUACUGUUUAAAUUUCUCUCUUUUUUUGGUUUAUUCUUGAACCAGAAUGUUAAGAAGAGCUCUGCAGGGCUUGGGCAAAGCCAUUUGCAGCUGAAGGGGGCCCUCCUCCGGGGGGAGAGGCGGCUGCUAUCACCGCGUUGCUCUCACCCGCUGUCCGUGCUUUCCAAAAUGUCUUGAAUUUGGACCAGCAGAAAAUCCAAAUGCCAGAGAAAAAAAAUAAUUUAAGAAUGUGAAAAUUGUGUCUUGCUGUAUACUGCAACUUUAAUAAUAAUGAGCACUUCUGAGUUCGUUAUUGAGGUUUAUAUAAUGCCUGAAAAGUUUAACUCCUGGUUUCCCUUGUCUACCCUCUCAGAACACAAGAGUUGUUAAGUUUUUGUCAGCAGCCCUUCCCUGUGGGAGGCAAUCCCUGUUAAGUGUUAUCUCUCAUGCUUUGCAGUGGGUGGGUUUAGUCAUACGUGCUCAUCCUUUGCAAGCCACACUUCUCAAGAUAAAAGAUAUGAUGGGCACGUGUCAGGAUACUUAACUGAUGUGUUGACAGGAAGCCUUUAAAUCGGUGUGUACACUAAUAGCAAACACACAGUAAUGAAGGAUUGAAAUUGGCUCACAUUUACUCUUAAAUAUGGAAUUUCACAUCUGCACGGGUAUGGCUGAAAAAUGGAUUUUACCCUUGUGGACCCACAUCCCAAAGACUCCUUCCGUUACAGUGCUAUCAAGUUUGACGAAGGCAUUAUAUAAUUGUUUUCAUCACUUUCAGAUCUUAAUGAAUUGUAUUUUAUUGUAAUAUAUAUUCAUUGCUUUCCUCAGUUAAAAAGAAAGUUACUGCUUUUAUCUUAUAUGAAAAACAAGGGAAUUUGAUAAAGCAUUCAUUAUUUUCAUAUUACUAGUAUUAACAGAAUAGAACUAGUACUAUUUAAUUUUAGAUCUUCAUAGCUAGCUUGUUAAUAACUCAUAUUUUCCUGUGUUGUAUCCUACUAUUUUUUCUAUUUUUUCCCAAAUACUCUGCAUUCUUGAGAAAAAACAAAUCCAAUGAGUGGAUAAGUGCAAUAUUCAUAGAAUAAACAGGCCCCUCAUCCAGGACUUGGAGUGGAACGUGCAGUGUGAAAAGUUUGCAAUUCUCUAUUCAUGCACUCUUAAGGAAAGGGGAAAUGCAGGGGAGGGGUUGGCUGGACCCUUGGGUAGGUAGGGACUGACAGGAUAGCUAGGGUGGUUUGGGGUCGGAAUGACUGCUUCCCAUGAAAAAUCAUCACCUGUUAAUGAAAGUAUAAGGAUUAUGCAGCAUGUUGCCAGGAUUAUGUAUAGAAUGUGCAUUAACAUCUUUAUCAAUACAGGACUUCUGAGCUAUGCUUGAAACUCUGUAUGCCAUCCAUGCAUGAUACUUUCUUCUGGUAUGUCUCUGCUGGUUAUGUCCUCUGUUACACUUUGGAAUCAAUGGUAACUUCAGAAGGGAAAAUAAUUCUGCUGGUGCAGUCCCAAGUAUUGAUACUGUAUUGUUACUUGUAUUUAUUGCAAGAGCUAUAGGAGUAUUUUUACAGUUCCUUAUUUCUUUUCCUUCCCUAUUGUUAACCUAAGCCAAAAAGUCCCCGUUUUAUCUGAUUAGUUCUCACCUGCAGAAUUUCACAGCUGGUUUGGGUAUUGAUUUCAUAUUUCUUGGCUUGCAAAGGCUGAUCACUCAGGUCCAAAAUAAAGUUGAGCAGAAACUUUGCUCUUCAAAAGAAAUUUUGUCUUAAAUUCUGUUUGAAUGGAAGGAGAACUUCCAUCUGUCAGAAAUAAUGUGACUUUCCAGGUAGCAGCAAAAUCUACUACCUUUGAAAAACUGGAUUGUUUUCAUAAGAGAAAUGUGAAAGCCAGAGCAUUUGAUUCUGUGAGCUCUGGCAAGUACAUCUUCUGUGGCUCAUGUUGCUGGAGAGGGGGUGUACCUCAGCUUUCUGCUUAAUUUGUGUCCUGCUGUUCUUAAGUUUGUCAAAAAGCAUUAUUACCAGAGACCUUUGCAUGCAAAGAGGAAAACUGAAUUCUGCAGCUGUACUGAAAUAGUUUCAAUUACAUGAUUUUUUUAAAACCUCUAAUAUUUUACAAAAGAAUUUCGUUUUGAAGAGAGACCUCUAAUUCUUUCACGUGCUCUUGUCUAACCUGGCAAGAAUUCCACAAGCAUCAGUAGAGUUACACUGACAGAAGCCCCACAGAGGAGCACAAAGCUCCUUGUGGGCACUCAGCAUGGAAUGUUCUCAGCAAAAGCAAACACCGUGCACUCAGUUUCUACACCUCCAAAGGGUGCACAGGCCUGCUAAGCCUUGGUGCUGUCAUGCCUUGAUCCACUUCCCUGCAGGUCUUGCAGCUUUUGGAAAUCAACUGGAGCUUUGCUGCUAUUUGCUGGUGGCUUCCCAUCACCGGCACCUCCUUCUCUAGCAAGUGUAGAUGCUACUUAGCCACCUUGCAAAGUGCUGUGCAUAAAUGCAGUGUUUGAUAGAUGUCCACAGUACCAGUAGGAUGGUCUGAGAGCAAAUGUUUGUGUAAGUUAUGUUAUUUUCAUUUGCUUGUAGUUGCUUGGUAGAAGCAGGGAGCACCAAUACAGCGAUGCAUGAGGAAUGUGUCUGCACACUUGAACUGUUUGAUGGCCUCUGCUAGCUCUGCCCAGUGCUUGCAUUCCUCUUUCUCUCCCUCUGUGCUGCUCGGUAGUCAUGUCUGUUGUGUGUGUCUGUAACUUUCAAAUAAAGUACUGUAUAUAGGGCUGGAUCCAGAAGCCCCCACAGUCAGUUGACUUUGGGUUGGGAUGUAGGUUGAUGGUGCUGCUUUUCCUCCUCCAUCUUAGACCCAACUUGGAGCAAAGCACAGAUGUUUGUAAAGAGUCACCCAUAACUCUACUUUGGGGUGUCAGUUUUGUGGGGUGUGCAUGCAUUGCCAAGGGUGGAAUGAUGAGGGGAUCUUCUUUUAUUGGGUGCCCUCACAUCAGGGCUGGGGCUCUGCAGCGAUUCCUGGAGUGAAAGCUGUGCUGCACUGCUUGCGGGCCUGACUGGCGUAGGCAGAACAAAUUAGUUUUUCCCAUUUUAUAAUGUCAGGGUUGGGCUGGUCCCAUUAACAAUGUUCUUCAUUGUUCUCGCAUCAAGGUAGCGUUGAUUCUAGUUGGAGAGUGCAAUUUUUUUGUUUUGUGUUUGUUUUUUUAAUAAAUAAAUUUGGUUUAAAGCUUCA